GUGUGUGUGUGUGUGUGUGUGUGUGUGCGCGCGAGCGUGUGUCUAGCUCUCGCUCUUUCCCUCAGUCUGUGCCUCUGUGUGUGUGUGUGUGAGUGUGUGUGUGACAGAGAGGAGAGAGAGAGCGCGAGAGGAGAGCGAGAGAGCGAGCUGCGAGCUGUGCUGCCGCCGCCGCUGCCCUUUGAUCCCGACAUUAGUGUUAGGGGCUCGGAGACACAGCGCGCGGCCAUAGACACCGCCGCACCGGCGCUCAUUUAUUUAUACCUGCCAUCACACGCGAGCACAGGACACACACACACUCACACCUAUUAGAUCUGUUUCCAUUGAAGAAUAUUACGCUCGGGGACAAGCCAGGUGCACGACCAAAAAAAAUUUUUUUUAAAAAGGAAAAAAAAAAAAGAAAGAAAGAAAAGAAAGAAAGAAAGAAAGGAAAGAAAAGAAGAAAACCCCUCUUCUGGCUCCAAGAAACAAGCUUCAGCCCAUUGCACACACCGGAGAGAAGGGGUUUCCCCCUGCCCGCCCCCCAACUACCUCCCCGCUCCUGCCAGUGUCUGCCUGUCUGCCCCCACGGGGGUUUAUUUGAUCUCACAUUAACCAAGGAGGAGAAUGUGAGAAAAGGGGGAAAAUGCCCAGGAGGAAGCAGGAGCAGCCCAAGCGCCUUCCUUCACAUGUUAGUAGGCAGGACGAGGCGGAGGGAGAUUUCAGCGAAGGAGAACAGUGGUAUGGGAACUCCUCUGAGACUCCGUCAGAAGCAUCCUAUGGGGAGGUCCAAGAGAACUAUAAGCUGUCCCUGGAGGACCGGAUCCAGGAGCAGUCCACAUCCCCCGACACCUCCCUGGGCAGUGCCACCCCCAGCAGCCACACGCUGGAGCUGGUGUCCCUUGAUGGUGAGGUUCUCCGAGACUCUCUGCAGUGUCAAGGCCACCUUUCACCCGGAGUGUCCUCUGUGUGCGACGAUGACCCUCCUAGUUCCAAUAAACCUCUGAGCAGCAACUUGCGGAGGCUGCUGGAGGCUGGGUCCCUCAAACUCGAUGGCACAGCCAAUGGCAGGGUGGAGUCCCCCGUGAAUGUUGGCCCCAGUCUGUCAUUUUCCCCACCAUCCCACCAUGCCCAGCAACUCAGUGUCCUGGCCAGGAAGCUGGCAGAGAAGCAGGAUCAGAGUGACCAAUACACCCCAAGCAACCGUUUCAUAUGGAAUCAAGGUAAGUGGUUGCCGAACUCAGCCACCACCUGCGGCCUGUCCCCCGACUCCGCCAUCCUCAAACUGAAAGCCGCAGCCAACGCUGUUCUGCAGGACAAGUCUCUGUCCCGGACGGAGGAAAGCCUGAGGUUUGAGUCCUUUUCCUCCCCGUUCAGCUCGCAGUCCGCCAGCUCCACCUUGGCGGCUUUGUCUAAGAAAGUGAGCGAGAGAAGUCUGACACCGGGUCAGGAGCACCCGCCUCCGGCCAGCUCUUUCCUGUCAUUGGCCUCCAUGACCUCCUCUGCAGCCCUUCUGAAGGAAGUGGCCGCCAGGGCUGCGGGUAGCCUUCUGGCUGAGAAGUCGUCUUUAUUGCCUGAUGACCCUCUACCACUGCCGCCUUCUGAGAAGAAGCCAGAGAAAGUCACCCCGCCCCCUCCCCCACCGCCGCCUCCAGCACAGCCUCAGUCCCUGGAAUUACUGCUACUUCCAGUUUCCAAGGGAAGAGUCUCCAAGCCCUCCAAUUCAGCCCCAGAAGAAGAAAGCGGGAAGCCAUUCCAAUGUCCAAUAUGUGGUUUGGUUAUAAAAAGGAAGAGUUACUGGAAGCGGCAUAUGGUGAUUCACACAGGCUUAAAAAGUCAUCAGUGUCCACUCUGUCCGUUCCGGUGUGCUCGCAAGGACAAUCUCAAAUCCCACAUGAAGGUUCAUCAACAUCAGGACCGGGGAGAGACCUUUCAGUGCCAGCUGUGCCCUUUCACAUCCUCACGCCACUUCAGCCUGAAACUGCACAUGCGUUGCCAUCAGCACUUCCUGAGGACAGAGGCCAAGGUGAAGGAGGAGAUCCCAGACCCAGAUGUCAAGGGAUCUCCCCACCUCAGUGACAGUGGCUGCCUGGGGCAGCAGAGGGAAGGAGGAGGGACAGAGCUAGUGGGGACCGUGAUGACGUCUAACACGCCAGAGAGGAUUGGCCAGGGUGAGGCUGGCGUUGCACCUUUGCUGGUGAAGGAGGAACCCAAGGAAGAUAACGGCCUGCCCGCCUCCUUCACCCUGAAUGCCGCCGCCGCCAGGCCCUCCAACCACACAAAGCUGAACGAGCCCUCCGAGGGUGUGGCCCACAGUGCUGCAGCAUUGUUCAGCCAAGACAUCUCGGUUAAGAUGGCCUCCGAUUUUCUCAUGAAGCUGUCAGCUGCAAACCAGAAGGAGCCUAUGAAUCUUAAUUUUAAGGUGAAGGAGGAACCCGAGGAAGAGGAGCCCCUAAGUAUGCCUUUGCCUCGCUCCAGCUACGUGUUCAGCCCGGAACCGGAAGUGGUGACCCCUAGCCUCGCCGAGGACCCACUUACGCCCCAGGAAGGCAAGGGGAAUGUGUUAAGGCGAGACAUGUCGGCCAAGGCUGCCUCAGAACUUCUCAUGAAAUUGUCAGCGGAGAGCUACAAAGAGACGCACGCAGUGACGGUUAAAGAAGAGCCCAUGGAGGUGGACCUCCAGGGCUGCCCAGCCGCCAUAUCACCCAGCCGGAACCUGGGCUACAGCACUUUAAUGGGGCGAGAGAAAACCGAACCCUUACAGAAGCUUCCAGAAGGUCGAGUUCCCCCAGAGAGAAACCUCUUCAGCCAGGACAUCUCUGUGAAGAUGGCUUCAGAGCUUCUUUUUCAACUCUCAGAGAAAGUGAGCAAAGAACACAGUCACACGAAAGAGAACACCGUGCGGGCGACCUCCAGCCCUUUCUUUUCAGAAGACACAUUUAGACAAUCACCAUUCACCUCCAAUUCAAAAGAUCUGCUGCCUGGUGAACCCGCACUGCAUGGAAGACCGUCUGUUCCAGAGACAGAGAAGAUCAUCCUUGAGGCAGGAAACGGACUGCCAUCCUGGAAAUUCAAUGACCAGCUCUUCCCCUGUGACGUGUGUGGGAAAGUGUUCGGCCGACAGCAGACGCUGUCUCGGCACCUCUCCUUGCACACAGUUUUGGUUUCUCCCCCAGAGGAAAGAAAAUACAAAUGCCAUCUGUGCCCCUACGCUGCUAAGUGCCGAGCGAACCUGAACCAGCACCUGACUGUGCACUCCGUGAAGCUCGUCAGUACCGACACUGAGGACAUAGUCAGCGCUGUCACGUCUGAAGGCAGUGACGGGAAGAAACACCCUUACUACUACAGUUGCCACGUGUGUGGGUUUGAGACGGAACUCAAUGUUCAGUUUGUAAGCCACAUGUCUCUCCACGUGGACAAGGAGCAGUGGAUGUUUUCCAUCUGCUGCACUGCCUGCGACUUCGUCACCAUGGAGGAAGCAGAGAUAAAGAAUCACAUUGGCACCAAGCACACAGGGGAUGAUAGGAAGACCCCCAGUGAAUCAAACAGCCCUUCCUCAUCCUCACUGUCAACUCUGAGUGAUUCAGCCAAUGGCAAAGAUGACUCAGACAGCUCCCAGAAAAACAAGGGCGGGAACAACUUGCUGGUCAUCUCCGUGGUGCCCGGGAGCCAGCCCUCACUGAACAACGAGGAAAAGCCAGAGAAAGGGUUCGAAUGCGUUUUUUGCAACUUUGUCUGCAAGACGAAGAAUAUGUUUGAGCGCCAUCUGCAAAUCCACCUCAUCACCCGGAUGUUUGAGUGUGAUGUGUGCCACAAGUUCAUGAAGACCCCCGAGCAGCUGCUGGAGCAUAAGAGGUGCCACACUGUCCCGGCCGGUGGCCUCAAGUGCCCGUUCUGCAUUUACUCCACCAACCGCCCUGCUGCCAUGGAGUGCCACCUCAAGACCCACUACAAGAUGGAGUACAAGUGCCGGAUCUGCCAGACGGUGAAGGCCAACCAGCUGGAGCUGGAGACGCACACCCGCGAGCACCGCCUAGGCAACCACUACAAGUGCGAGCAGUGCGGCUACCUGUCUAAGACGGCCAACAAGCUCAUCGAGCACGUGCGCGUGCACACCGGGGAGCGGCCCUUCCACUGUGACCAGUGCAGCUACAGCUGCAAGCGCAAGGACAAUCUCAACCUGCACAAGAAGCUGAAGCACGCCCCCCGCCAGACCUUCAGCUGCGGAGAGUGCCUGUUCAAGACCACACACCCUUUCGUCUUCAGCCGCCACGUGAAGAAGCACCAGAGCGGAGACGGCCCUGAGGAGGACAAGAAAGGCCAGAGUCCAGCCUCCAGGGAGCCGGCUGGCCCUGGAGCCCCACUCCUGGUUGUGGGGGGUGGCCGGAGUCUCUUGUCCCCGCUGUCAGUCAUGUCUGCCUCUCAGGCUCUGCAGACCGUGGCCUUGUCGGCAGCCCACGGCAGCAGCUCAGAGCCCAACCUGGCACUCAAGGCCUUGGCCUUCAGUGGCUCCCCGCUGCAUCUUGACAAAUACCGGAACUCAGAUGUCGCCCAUCUCAUUCCCUUAACAAUGCUGUACCCCAGAAACCACCUGGAUCUCACAUUCCGCCCUCCCCGACCUCAGACCGCACCUCCCAGCAUCCCCUCACCCAAACACUCCUUCCUUGCCUAUCUUGGACUAAGAGAAAGAGCAGAGACUGUCUGAGGACAGCCGCGUUCUGUACCAAAAACCAAGAGACAGAGACAGGAAAAGACAGAAACCCGCAAAACUUAAAACACAACCCCAGCAGGUGUAUGUUGCUGCAAAACCUUCAGGCCCCACGGGUCUGGACCAUGUGUACUGUAUAUCAUUAGUAAGGAAUAGAAAAUUGGCUCUGUAUGUAUACCUAUUGCAUUGACCUAAAAGCUGCUUUAUCCAGUCUUCAGAGAGGUGACCUGCUGCCUACGUCUCCCUCCAGAGGCGUGCCUCCCCAGCCAUCACUCCCACUUCAGCCUUCCUUCUACUUCUCUGUGAAAGGAAUUUUGUCACGUUAGACCCUGAAGAGAGUGUCCUUAAUAGUAAUGAGCACUUGGAAUCUUCUCCACUGGUACAUUGGGUUUUCUGUUGGGUGAGUGGGGUCUUGUGGGCAUUUGUGGAUUGGAAAAGAAAAAGUGUGUGUGUGUGUGUGUGUGUGUGUGUGUGUGUGUGUGCUGUAUUGUGUGAUGUGUGGGGGUGGGUGUUGUAUUAUGUGUGUGCCAUGAUAUUUCUAUUGCACAUUCUUUUUAUACCAGCUCCUUUGACAGUGAUGAACAGUCUUGGCUUCCCAUCUGGACCGUUCAUCCACUACAUUCUCCCCACAUCCUCCACUGCCUUUCCUUCUCUAUUUUAUGGCUACAGAGUGGUAGGGCCUGGUGCUCAGAGGACGAAGAUCUGCAGGGUGCCAGGCCAUUUACAAUACAGUGCUCAAAGCCUGGAGUUCAGAUCUCCACUUAGGAAGAUGGAUAGAGUCAGGUGACAAAUCUCUUAAGAAAUGCCUCAAAACUCCACAGCUGACAUCGCAAAACCUGGGUGUUCUGUGUGUGCGCCCAUGUGGAGCGCGCACACACACACACACACACAAACACACAAAGGAGUACAUCCUUUUUAAAGGGCAGAACAUGUGUGUGCGUGAUAUAUUGAUUCAGUUAUCAUUGUUUGCAGGAAAAAAAAAUUGUGUGAGUGGAAAUGUUUAUGGUUGAUAAAUGCAGCCAAGGAGAUUAAAGGGGUUCGGAUGGAUUCUGGGUGUGAAAGCUCAGACUAAAAAGAAGCGGCAGCUUUGCACAGCGUGCUGGCCUUGCACUAGUUUGUUUCUCAUUGGGGAAAAGGAAUAAGUAAAUGAAAAGGAAGGAAAUGUACCUUUUUUAUGGAACGAGUAGACUGUAUGUUUGACAUUUUAGCUGCGACCUCUUUGACGUACAAGGAAGGACAGAACAAAACGGUGCUGCUCAGCCCCUGUGCCUCAGACGAUGCCCCAGGAUGCCCUACUGUGUGCAGAGCCUCUGGCUAGAGUGUGCCCUCCAUGUAUUAGUAACCCUGUAUUCCAUUUUGUUAACACCUAGCAGAUGUAGCCUGCUAGGAGCUGACUUUAUACUUAUUUAAAGCUCUUAUUUUAUGGUCAUUAAAAUGGCAGUUUCUGUGCAGCACUUUAUUGCGGCAGGAGAAGGUGUGGUCCAGUUGCGUAGCCCUUUGCUCAUCUUAAAAAAGUAAUGGAUGGCUUAAAAAAAGGAAAAGAAAACUGAAUCUGUUCACUACUUGGAUUUGUAAAACAGCCGAAUUUCCAGUAUGCAACAGGCUGAAAAGAGCGGGAAGAUAUGUGCUUUGUAUAAAAACGGGAAGUUUGGACUAGGAAAGGUUCUGUAUGAUCCCUCAGCGGAGGAGCUGGUGUCCAGGAGGAAUGCCGUUUUCCCACGCUGUACUAUCCUCCGUGAUACACGCCUUUCCGUUACUUUAACCAGGGGGAAAUCAAAGCAUCCCUAAAGUUCUUCCUCUAGUCACCGUUGCUUCCCUGAGGUGAAUGCAGUCGGACAGGAAGCCGGAGACGGAACAGUUCACGGCGUUGGCUCCUUAUCCCCUCAGCCUCCCUCUCCACACCUAGCAGGUCCCUGCCUCCCUCCCCACCCGCCAUCCCACCGUGGGUGAGGAGCCCGGUUAGGGCCCUGGCAAACAAGUUUACACUACAGAGAUGUCCACAAAGCAGGGAGAGCAGUCAGCUAGGCCAGAAGGGCCCCAGAGCCUCAGUCAUUCUGCAGAGACCUUUGCUCUUGGCCUUGUCUAACCCAUUGUUCAACUCGCCAUGUCACUAUCUCAGUAAAAGACACUAUAGACACUUCUGGACAAUGUGCCCCAAGGUCACUGGGUUUAUGGGUGGGUUUGUUGUUUUUUAUUUGCUUUUGCUUUUUUUUUUGUUUGUUUGUUUGUUUCAAAGUUAUGUCUUUAUCCCCAUUUAAUGGAGAAUGUGCCACUUGGCUAAUAAUGUGUUUUCAAAACUGCAGGUUCAGUGAGAAGGGGGAGGGGAUCACAGUGACUCCACCCCCAAGAGGUUGGCAGAAUGGUGACUCACAGAAGCACCGGCAGGUUAAGAACCUGAAUGGGUGUCCCUGAUCACGAGGACCCUGGGUUUAACAGCAUGUCACUUGUGCAAUAAGAGGUCUUCGGGUGGGAAUGUGAGAGUGAGGGGAGGUGGGCGGAGGCGUUUACUGCUCAAAUGCCAUGCAUUUCCACUGCUUGCCACUGAACCUGUAUUUGAAUGACUUAGUAAUGCUUAAUGUAAUUGGGCAACUUUUUUAGCACUUUGAAAAGAGUCAUCAAUCUUUCUGGUAAAUUAUAAAAAAAAAGUUUUCUGAGUGAGAAAACGUGUGUUUGCAGUUUGUUUGACUUUUUAUAUUAUUGUUGUUGUUAUUAAUAAAAAAAAAAAAGAAAGAAAAUCUACAGCAUUUUUCAGAGUCCACCUAGAUAAAAUGUGCCCCAGAAUCUGGUUUGCAGUUUGAUGCUUGGAGAAGGAUGUGUUCUGUAGAUCCCCUUCCCACAAAAACACUAACACCUUUGAGAAAGUGGCCUAGCAACUUUAGGGUCUCACUAUGCAUUCUCCCAGGAGAGCUGGCUUGGUUUUCCAUUUAGUGACACAGGUAGGGUUCGGAGCACUUUCUCUCUCCUGUCCUUUCUUUUCCUUCUUUCUUUUUUUUUUUUUUAACUCCUCAUAUUAUGUUCAAAUGAUCAUACUGUCAAGGUUUGUGUACAUUACUGAAAAUUUGUAUUGUAAAAAGCUUUUGCAUUACAAGGCUGUACAGGGUCAUUUUGACAGUAACUGGUAUUUUCCUCUGCAUCUUACGUUGCAUUGCCAAUUUCUAGUGUAUCAAGUUUGGAAGUAUAAUAUACUCUAAUUAAAAGAAAAAA